UCCCCCUUGGCUCCUUUGCUUCUGCAACUUUGCCAGUUUAUAUCUGAUACUGCUGCCAAAAGUUUAUUGUUAGAGAGAGAGAGAGAGAGAGAGAGAGAGAGAGAUGGGAAACAUUUUUGCAAUAUACAAGCCCAUCUUGCAUGGACUAAUGAAGCUGGCCGGGGUGAGACCCCAAACUCUAGAGAUCGAACCAGGAACUGUAAUGAACUUCUGGGUUCCUACUGAAACCAACUCGAAGAAAUCGAAGCCAGCCGUGGUCUUUCUUCACGGUUUCGCGGAGGACGGCAUCAUGACAUGGCAAUUCCAAGUCCUAUCUCUUGCCAGAUACUACGCCGUUUACGUACCCGAUCUCAUCUUCUUCGGUGGAUCCAUUACGGAUAAGCCCCACCGGUCGCCGGAGUUUCAAGCCGAGUGCGUAGCCAAGGGUUUGAGGAAGCUUGGGGUGGAGAGGUGCACCCUUGUGGGGUUGAGCUAUGGAGGCAUGGUGGGGUUUAAGAUGGCGGAGCUGUACCCCGAUUUGGUUGCGGCCUUUGUUGUGACUUGCUCCGUUAUGGCUUUGAACGAGUCCGUUAGCGACGCCGGACUUGGGAGGAUUGGGUUCUCACGGUGGUCGGAUUACUUGCUUCCUGGCUCGGUCAAAGGAGUAAGAAACAUUUUUGAAAUUGCUGCCUACAAGUUUCCUCAUCUUCCUGAUUGGGUCUACAGACACUAUUUGGAAGCAAUGUUUGACAACCGAAGGGAGAGGGAAGAACUUCUAGAGGCUUUGGUCAUCAGUGACGAGGAUUUCACCGUGGCUAAUUAUCCACAGAGGGUGUAUCUUUUGUGGGGAGCGAAUGACAAGAUCUUCGACAUAGAAUCUGCAAGCAACCUCAACAAGCAAUUAGGCAACAACGCAUCAGUCUAUCAUAUAGAGAAAGCAGGUCACCUUGUUCAAUUGGAGCGACCAUUCGUUUAUAACAGCCAGCUCAAGAAAUUUUUGGCUUCUUUGUCCGAAGAUGUGCACCAAGACUAACUAGCUACUAAAUAGAUUAUGCAACUGGCAGCUGCGCGCUUGUUUAAUUUUGAAUUAAUCCUAAAGUCAAUAUGAUGUGUUUAUUAUUAAUCAUGUACGGUUUUAAUCUAGUGUGUAACUGUGUAUUGAGAGGCUUGGCCAAAAUUGAUAGUUCCAUUGAUAAUAGCGCAUGCCAUUACAUACUCACCCGCUGACACAUAACAAUGGUCAGAACAAUGAUUCAUGGAGGAGCCACA